AAUGUCUGAGGUUCUGUUUCAAGUUCGUCCUCUUCUUUGGGACCACAUUCUCGGGCAGUUGGAGGAGCAAGAGGUGGCAGAGAUAAAGUGCCUAUUGGGCGAGUCGCUGAUCGAGGACACGUGCGAGUUACAACGAGAAGUGAGGGCAUUGUUGGAGAUAUGGAGAAUGUGUCGUCAACAGACGGAUGAAAAAGAGAGAGAAUGCCGUAUGAAGGAACAAGUCUUACCAGAACCUCCUGCCAUUCGCGAGAGACUCAAGAAGGAAGUGCGAUUUUUUAUUGAAAAUAUUAGAGAGAAGACACUUCAAGAUGGACGAGACUUGAAGGUUGCUCUUGCACAACAUAAUUCAAGGGUUAUUGAUUAUGUGAUGGAGACACAACCAACUAUUGUAAGAGAUGAUCUUUCAAGUCAUUGCUCAACUGCAUCCAGCAGCCGAGAUGGGACAGGCACUCCUCGAAGAGAAACUCCUCAGAGUGACACAGUCUGUUUAGAUUUAGGUGACCAAAUUGGAACCGUAAACAUGGAAUCAACAUUUUCCGACAUUCAUUCUGUUGUCAGUCAUCUGAGAUGCACUAUGGAAGAGCAGACAGUCCAAUUGAGAAGUGAUAUACAGUUUUUACAGGAAAGUAUAGAUGAAGAAAGUCGUUUUCUUGGUGAUUUAUCAAGAGAACAGGACCAGUCACCAACUCUUCAAGAAUUAAGAGAGUGCAGCAGUCAUCUUGAAAAGGAUUUUGUUGGUUACGUAUCAUUUCCCCAACCUCCACGUUCUAAGAGAAACACACACCAACAACACAUUCGACGUCAACACACAGAACCAUUCCAAACAGGACAAGCACACCCACCAUUCACACCCAACAUACCAAAAAGCGGCAACAGUCGACCAAACUCGGCCCAGAAACUCAGACAAAUGAUUUUAGAAACACGCGAGACAGUGUGAUAAUUGAUUUAUUAUUAAUAUCAAAUGCAACA